CCAACUCCCUUGACCAACUCCUUGUUGAAUCAUCGCCUUCCUCAACAUCACCACCAGUUGUCUCCACGGAAGUUAUCCUCAAAAUCGCUUCUUGAAGAGGUAUUGAACUCACCUUCAAACAAGAAUAUUCCAGCUCUGGUCAACGGCUGCGGUGGAAGCAGUGGCAGUACCAUCCACCAUAUUCCCAGCGCAAGAACUGAUCUUGUUGCGGCUGCUGCUUCAUCCAUCAAGCUCGUUAAUGGCGAGAGUACUUCUGUGAAAAAGUCUAAACAACUGCCAGUGAAGACUGAGCCUUCGCUAAUUAAUGGCAUCCUCCAUGUGAAUGAGGACGCUUGUGUUGGAGCGAAUGAGAGGCCAAAUAAAGUGAAGGUGAAACAGGAAAAAAGUGAUGGUGAGACGGAUGCAGGAGGAGACGGAGAUGAUGAUAAACAGAUAGAGGUGAAACUUGUGGAAUUCGCAACCUUCUUCACACACUACCUCUGCUUCAACCGUCGUGUGGGCUUUCAUUACACGCGAAAGAGGCCGCGAAAUUUUGCUUUACGGAAUCGUAUUAUCAGGAGCACAAUCUCGACGCUGUUGGAUGAUGACACUGCCCUUUGUUCAUCCACAAAGCGUCGAAAAGUUGAUUUGAAGAGCGAAUCAACUGAGAGUGCUGUGUCAUCUCAACUCCAGAACCAACCGGAGCCACCACCACCACCGCCCUCACCUCCCAUGUUUGUCUGUGAAUGGGCUGGCUGUCUCCAACGGUUUCCGACCGCUAAACAGGUAUCUUGUCAUGUCUACAAGUGCCACCUUAAACCGAACCUCCUCUCCUCCUCCUCCUCCUCCUCUUCCUCCCCCUCCUCCACCGCCACUUCUACGCCAAUCGAGCGCCGGUGUUGCCAGUGGAACGAUUGCGCCUCAUUUCACCUGCCACGUGCGCCCUUUGCUCUGAUGUCGCAUGUUCUGGAGCACCACUGCUCAUCUGGAGAGCUUGAAUCUCGGCGCCGAUUGGCGGCUGUUGUGUCACUCACUCCUCCGCCUCCGCCCUCGAAUCCUGUCUCCGUCGGUGUUUCGGAUCAAUCGGGCUGGGCGAUUAUUAAGGAGGUAGAAACUCGUCGCUUGCAGUCCGAUCUUUUGGUAUCCCAAUGGGCCAUCUCGGGUCGCUACUACAGUCCUGCUGCUGCUGCUGCUGCCGCUACUAGCAGUGCAGGUGGAGGGGGACGCAUUGUGCCACCUCCCAGGGAGGGUCCAGUGACCAAACACCUCCGUGUUACUGCAGCUCUUAUUCUCCGCAAUUUGGCUAAACACGUUCCUGAGGCUAGGAGGUGGUUGUUAUCUGAGACACCAUUGCUGUGUCAGAUCGCCAUGGGUACGUGUCCGGGUGCCUCGAGUCUGCGGACAAACGAUGCGGGUCGUAUAGUCGCCCAAUGCCUCUCCAUUUGUACUUCCCACAACCUCCACGAUUUGGACGAUCUCCACAGUCACUAUCGUUACAACUAUAGCCAUCGGCGACUUCUAAUGGGUGCUGCAGGGGACGAGGAUAUUGACGAUUCUCCCUACUGUUGCUAUGUUGAUGAUGACUACUUUUGCAACUAUGAAGAGGAUGAUUAUCCUGGCUACUACGAGUCGACUGGUGGUCGUCUCUCCCUCCUCCAUCGUCUCACUCUACUGCGACAACGCUCCUCCGUCGAUUUGGACGCUUAG